UCAGCUGGGAGUUUUAAAACGUGGAGAGUUGUUGCCUUUGUUUGUAUAUUGCGUCUCAGAAUAUUUGUAUUUAUGUCUUCGACCUUAAUAUUUGCAUGCAAGUACAUCAACACAGUAUUUUUUAAGGAAUUUGAUUGCUUUGUUUUUUAACACAUUCUUAAUUGUUUGACGAUCAAAUAUACAUGCCAGUCAUUUGAUUGAUAACAGUUUCCAAAAUAGUUAUUAUGUUCAGUGAAGUGCUGUUUAGACUUCCUGCGUGUCACACACGUGAGCGUGAAGUGAGCCGUGUCACUCUGGUAACGCGCACCUGCUACACCAACCCGCAGCGUGUCACGCUGACAGCUGUGACAGCUAAAUCUAAAACUAAUAGUGCACAACUUUUGUUACUUUGUCCAAAUCGGCAAAUCAACGAGUUCGUUGUUCAUCAUGUCAACUGCAGAUGUAGAGAAAAAAGCUGACGAGAGUGCUGAUGACGAGACGGACUGGCUUUAUGGAGAUGACAAUUUUGCCGAAGAAGAGACCACAGAAAAAGAAGUCUUCAGUGCUCUGAUUGGUGAUUUGGAUGGUUUUCAUGGACACAAUUACCAGGAGAGCGAAUCAGAAAGUGACGAUGAUGUGUGUGUUACCAUCGGUGACAUUAAAAGAGGAUCCCAGAGCUUAUCUUUAGGGUCCGGUUCCAUAAGUCUGAACAUUAAAACCUCUGUAUCAGGCAGUAAGUCCAGAGGAUUGGAAGUGGACGCUGAGGGGAAUCUCCUGGAGGCUACUGGGGAGACUUUUGAAGAGAAGGCGUGGAGGAAGCCAGGUGCAGAUUUGUCUGACUACUUUAACUACGGUUUUAACGAGGACACCUGGAAGGUGUACUGUGACAAACAGAGACGACUGCGCAUGAACCUGGAGAUCUUAAGCCUGGGCUCUUCCAACAAAAUAAUGGUCCAUCCGAAUCCUAGUGAUCUGUCAGAAUUAUCAUCCGUCUUAUCCAGGAAGUCAAACGGUUCUAUCAAUGUUAUCGGAGGACAGACGGGGACCAUCAGCCGAGUGGAAGGCCGAAGACGUCACAGCGCAGAUGAAAAUAACAUCCAGGUGGUGUCUGAACAGUCUUCUGAUACCAAGUUACCUUCACCAAAGCUGCUGCCCUUCUUUCCUCCGAAUAUCCCACCUCCACCUUUCCCCCCUCCCUCCAUCAGCACCGCGCCCCCACUCAUACCCCCACCACCCCCCGGUUUCAGUUUACCUCCUGGAGCUCCUCCACCUUUGAUACCAAGGUCAGCGUUUUAUAGAUAUAGGAGACGUAGCAGCCCAAUGUACAUUUGUAAACACAAAUGUAGCAGAUUACUACACAAACUGGAGAGGAAGAAAGAGAGAAACAGACAGAGAGAGAGAGACAGGAAAGGUGGGCGUUUGGUUGGAGGUUAUGAUGGACGCUCAGCUCCUCCGUUUCCCUUCCCUCCAGGUGUAUACCCACCUCCAGUAGGCAUGGGUUCUUGGCCCGUUGCGAUGGACAGCAGCAAGCCGUGGGAGUAUUACGGCCAUCAUCAUAAAGAAAGGGAGAGAGAGAAAACACGAGAGAAAGGGCGAGAGAGGGAGAGAGAGCGAUACAGAGAAGCAGAUCGAGAUCAAAGUCCCUCUUUACAAGACCACAGAAGUGAAGAGGAACGCCCAUCUCGACACAGAGAUCACAGUCAUUACGGCAGAGAGAGGAAUCGAGAAAGCUCAGUAAGAGACGCAGAAAGUGACAGACGUCGAGAGAGAAGACACCGAGACAGGAGUGAGCGACACAGAUCCUCACACAGUGGCAGCAGUAGGAGACGUCAUGAUAGCGAUGACGCAGAUAGCCACAGGAGACACAGGCACAAGAGCUCCAGACAUAGCCAUGAAAGCAGGGAGCCCAGCGAGGAGCACAGUAUGGAUCAGGAGAACCAAUCAGAAGCCACAGAAUAAUUCCUUCAGCAGUUGGUGAACCUGUUUGAAGACCAUUAGGGGUUCUUUAGUGAAAGACCAUAAGUCCAUUCACCAGUCUGAACGACCGACCGUUGAGUCACCAACUGGUAAUCGAUUUUGACCAAUCAGAUGCCAAACACUUAAUAAGCCAAUUUAUGUUCUAUUUUUAGCAAAUUUAAUUUCCUGAAUACAUCUUGAUGAAAAGUACAAAGUGGCCCAAGGGGCACGCUAUUUUUAAUUUAUUUUAUUUUAUUUAUUCAUUUAAAAUGACCAGAUAAUAUGAAAUGGUAUUUUUGUUGUGCCAAAUGUACAUUUUGUUGAAACCAAAUAUUAUAAACAUGAUAAGGUGAA